AUGUCGUCUAUAGGCCCCCAACUGCCGCCCCAUCUCAAAAAGCGCAAGCGCACACCAGUCGAUGACACCAGCGCCGACUUCCCAUCAUCCAAGCUUCAAGCUUGUGAUGGAGCACAUGCAAACAAAAACGAAGUCGCAUUAGAUGGUGAUUCUUCAGGCGACGACUACGGUCCCCCAGAUCCUAAAGAGGCUACCAAAAUGGGGCCAUCCAUAGGGCCUAUAUUACCUCCUACAAGCGGCGCAAAAGAAGACAGACAACCACGCACAGCGGCACCAACCACAAAACCCUCCAUAGGCCCAACACUCCCACCCUUGAACACAGCCGAGAUCACGCUCGAGGAUGCCACCCCCGCGCCCCUCUUCGAACGCCCACCAAAUCCUCCCUCCGAAUCCGACUCCGACUCCUCGGACGAUGACGACUAUGGCCCCGCGCUCCCAACCUCAAGCUCCCACCAAGCGCGGCAAUCCCAAGCCUCGGCCGCCGCCGCCCUCUCAGCCGCCACUUCCAAAGCCCCUCAGCGCGACGACUGGAUGGUCGUCCCUCCCACCUCAACUGGGUAUCAAGCGCCCGACCCAACGAAACUCAAAGCGCGCAAGUUCAACUCGGGCCCGCGCGGUGGCGGGACGGCGGCCGUACCGGGCGGAGAGAUAAGCAGUAUUUGGACCGAGACGCCGGAGCAGAAGCGCAAGCGUCUCGAAAACGCGGUGCUGGGGCGGGCAGACCCAUCAACGGAGCCGCCUCCGGGGCAGACGACGACGACCGGGAGCGGUGCUGUGGUUAGCAGGUUAACGGGCGAGGAGGAGCAGCGCGCGGCUAAGAUCCGAAAGAACCUUGAGGCGGCCCGGGGACGGAGUCUGUAUGAGGAACACCAGCAGCGCGAGGGUGGGAAGGGGGGACGGAUUGAGGAGGAAGAGGACGACCCUAGUAAGCGGGCGUUUGAUCGGGAGAAGGAUAUGAAGCUUGGCGGCAAGAUUGGCACGGCGCAGCGGAGGGAACUCCUUACCAAGGCUGCUGAUUUUGGGGGACGGUUCAGCAAAGGCAAGUUUCUAUGA